GCAAUGGCGUAUUUGUUGAUAAAAACACGCCAGGGUAAUUGAAACUUCGCAAAAUUACUGAUUUGAUUAUAUUCCAGAACUUUUUAAUUAGAGUGUUAUUUAUAAACGUGUAUUACAGAUCGUGGAAAACAUAAAUCAAGAUGUUAACGAAAGUUAGCUUAUUUAAACCAACUUUGAUGUUCUUCUUUCAGCUGGCAUAUCACCAGUUCUCAACACUUGUGUUUGUUACCUUUUCAUCUUGUUGUGUUGAUUUAUUUAUUUAAAUAACGCCCACAGAGAAAGUCAAUUAACAAAUGAUGAUACCAUUGUUAAGAAAAGAAUACAACAAAGAAAAACUAUCAUUAGACGAUAAUCUUAUACGCUGAAGUGAAACUUUACUGAAGAAGAAGGUGUCUUUAUUUUAUUCCAGCAAAUUUAGAAAAGAUGGGAAAAAUCUUAAAUUAAUUGAUUUAUAACCAGACCGAUAGCAUUUGAUUAUUAAAUUUUGCAAUUGAGUUUUAUUAUUAGUUGAAAAACAAAAAAAUUAAAAUCUAUGUGAUGUCUGAAAUUAUUCCAUAUGAAAAUUGGUAUCCGUUGUUUGCAAACAAGCUAACAUCCAUCUUGUUGUUUUUCUUUCAAUUUGCGUGGAGGACUCGUCUUCGUUUGCCAAGUCUGAUUACAGUAACGUUUCUAGCACUCGAUAUCAGAGUCCGCGUAGAAAUACAGAUUUAACAUGAGCAUUUGGGGAAUAUGAUUAAAGGAAUUGAUGUGUCGUGGUUUGAAUUUUGUGAUCAAAAGAUGUAAAACUGGAAUCCUAAAUGAAUGGAAUUGAGAUUUAGUUGUGAUCCAAAAAUUAGUCAUUAGUUAAUUUCAUCGAUGUGACAUUAAUUAUUUUACGAAGCCAGAAGCAGUAUUAAUAACUUCAUAAUGAGUAGAGGUGUCCGGGAUUUACGCGAUUUAAUAUGCGUGUCAAGACUGACAUAUCGAGACAGUGAUACAGAGGAUUUUGAGAGUGACGAAGGGGAGCUAACUCCUAAAGAUUUUGAUCAACUAUCUUUGACAAGUAGUGGAUCCGACACACCAACCAAGAAAGAAGAAGAACCGAUUAGAGUUGCCUCCCCUGAUUCUGGUUUCCUGACAACAGAAUCUCCUACAGAACCAAAAAAUAAAACUCCUACAGGAUCCAAACCCGGUUCUAAAAAGAAACGUAGAAAGAAAUUACAGACAUAUCCAACCAGACAUGAAUUACAAAGGACUGAACCCCUUCCUCCUGUUUCAUCUAAUCCAGAGACAAUGUCACGAUUUAGCGUCAGAGAAAAGUUAAACGUGGCCAAUAAAAAGGUUAACUUUGAUCACAUGAUGUGUUUUAUGGACGCAAGUAUAGUAUCGGGCUGGUUAACCAGAGCUAAUGAUUCUGUGGAACAUUUAGCUAAAUUUUAUAACGCCGAAGAUAAUUUUGUUCAAUUUGGACAUUUUUGGUUAUCAGAAUUUCCAGAUGUCCAAAAGCAAGACAUUUAUGAAUUAGAAUUUAGUAUUCUAACUGAGGAGAUUGGCUUAGCAUUUUCUGUCGGCAUCGAGUCUCGUCAGAUAACGAAUCGCGAUGUUCUUGAUCUUGUAUCAGCAUUAUACAGGGAAUAUCCUGCCAAGUUACUCAGUUCUAAAGGUUCGCACAUGUUGUUGGAUUAUCUAGAUAUCAUGUCAUCAGAACGCAAAGAUCUUUACAAGAAAUUAUUAUCCGAUGUCCGUUGUUCAACUAAAAACAGACAAUAUGCACAGUGGCUGUUAGCUAUUCGAUCAUUUACCCUGGUCAAUGUCUGGUCGGCUAUCACAAACUUUUAUCGUAACCUGAAAGGUCAACACAAGAUGUUGAAAUGUGUGCCACUUCCUUCCAGCGUGUCACAACAGGGUGUUCAUCAGCAACGAUUUUAUCAGGCAAUAAGGUGUGGUUAUAUUGAUGUGAUGCAUUAUUUAAUAGUUAAUGGCCAUGUGAAUCCUCACCAGAUAGAUAGUCAUAAUAGAACGUGGAUCUUCACGGCUGUAAUGAACAAUCAACCAUCAGCUGUUAAAUAUCUUCUACAUAGGGUAAAGCCAAGAAUAGAUGUUAAUGUGGCAUGUGAUACAGGUAACACUACCUUACAUGCUGCAGCUAAUAAUGGUUAUAGUAAACUGGUAGCAGAAUUAAUCACAUGUUCUACUUUAGACAUAGAUCCAGUAAAUAAACAAUGUGAAAAUACCACACCAUUACAUCUAGCUGUCAUGCAUGGUCAUGUAAAGGUUGUUGAACUGUUAAUAAAAGCUGGAGCCAAUACACAACUGAAGAUGGGAGAUUUAACCCCACUAGAGAUAGCUCGAGAUUUUCAGCAUGAUGAUAUAGUUAAACUGUUUGAAGAUACCGGUAUAGAAUCACCAAUAGAUGAAACAAGGAUUUAGUUGCUGUAAACAGGACUGAUGUAAAUAAAAAUACAGAGAGAUGUCAGUAUUGUGCGAUUUCAGAAGAGGAUAAGUUUCAGUAUAUGGCUGGUUGACAACAAGGUUAUAGUGAAGGCUUAGUGUAUAAAAAAGACGGAAUAUUUAAUGUAAAUAAUCCAGUGAGUCGUCACUAUUGUGCCAUUUCAGAGAUUGAGUUUUAGUUUGUGGUCCGGUUUCCUCCCACUGCUAAAGACCCCUAUGAGCAAGAGAAUUAUGGAAAUAAAAUUGAACCAUAUGUUAGUCCCGAAAUGACCUGGUUUGUGUCGAGUGGAUGUUAAACCCCAUUUCUCUCGCUCUCUCUUUAGUUUGUGGCUGGUUGGCAACAUGGACAUAAACAACGUUAUAGUGAAGCCUAUAACAUAGUUGUUAUAAAAAUGACUCAAUAUUUAGUGUAAAUAUGACAGCGAUUUCAGUUUGUGACUGGUUGGGAACAUGGGCAUCAACAAGGUUAUAGUGAAUCCUUGGUGUAUAACUAACAUACACCUAUAGUUGUUAUAAUGCUAGGUUCACACUGUCAUGCGAUGUUUAUAGAUAGGAUUGUCCGACAAAGGAUUAAGUCAGCCAUUCAAGCCAGUUUAAGUAGUUAAUCAAGGUAGGUGUAUAGACCAUAUAACAUGAUAAAUACGUCAAUCACUUAAUUAACUAAUCAAUCCUGUCUAUUAUCAACGAUAAUUGGGUUGAAUGCUAGUUAUACACUCAGUACACUAUAUUAAUUUUGGAAUUUUGAAUAUUAUUCACCAUGUCUUGAUGUCCGAUUGGGCAUAUUCCUGGUCAGACAAUUUAGGACAUUUGGAAAAUAGCGUCGAACAUGUCCGGAAUAUAUGGUCGAAAUCCCAUCUCUGAUUGUCCCUAUUGAGUCCAUGAUCUGGUACGUGAAGAUACGAUUGACACGAUUGCCACGACUGACCUCAAUAUAUGAUAAAACCUGACAGCAUCACCAGUGGGAACCUAGCCUUAACAAGAAUGAAUAUUUGAUAUAAAAAAUGUCACUAUUGUGUGUGAUUUCUGUAGAAGAUGAAUUUCCGUGAUAUCAAGUGAAUUAUUGAAAUAAAAUUGAACCAUAUGUUAGUCCCGAAAUUACCUAGUUUGUGUCGAGUGGAGUUAAACCCCAUCUCUCUCUCUCUCCCCUCUCUCUCUCUCUCUCUCUCUCUCUCUGUCAUUGGGUCAUCUAGCGGGGUUUGGAUUCCCUGUUUGUAGGUGACAAGGAGUAGGGUGGCCUGUUCAACCUUGUGGGUUUUCUGCAGGUCCUCAGGUUUCCUCCCACUGCUAAAGAACCCUACUUGCAAGAGAAUUAUUGAAGUAAAAUUGAACCACGUGUUAGUCCUGAAAUGACAUAGUUUGUGUCGUGUGGACAUUAAACCCCAUUUAUCUCUCUCUCUCCAACAUGGUUUCCCCUUGCCAGUGGUGCAGGACGAAGGGCUUGAAUGAAACCAUUGCUUUAGAAAUAUAAUCAAAUAAUAGUAUAUAUAUAGUUAUUUUAUCUUGUAAAUAAUAUGAUAAGAGUAUUUAUAUACAUGUAAUAUAUGUUUAUUGAAAGUCGAGUGAUGUGCCAGUAAUAAAAAUAUAUAUAUAUAUAUUGAAAUUAAAUUAUUAUGGAAUGAUU